AUGUUUGAUCAAAAUAAGCAAAAAAUGAUUCAAGAUUAUAUGUUAGAAAAAAAGUUUGCUGACAUUGACAAGAAAUUUGAGAAUGUUUUAAACAAGAACAAGAGGAAGUUAGAAAAUGCUCAGAUAAAACCUAUACAUGACAAGUUCUUAUUUGCUCAGAAUGGUAUAACAGGUCUAAUUGCACCACCUGGGUCGGGUAAGACUUUCACUUAUCUUAAAAUGGCUGCACAACAACAAGAACUAGAUGAGAAGAACCAAUUCUAUGAGUUAGUAGUCAUUUGUAGUACUUCUGGUCAAUUUGACCAAACCGUCAAUUCGUUCAAAGAUAUUAUAAAGAAGUCUAAGUUAGUAUGUAUAAAGGAUACUGAGUUGUUAGAUUGGAUAAAGAAGUACCAAAGAAGAGUUUUGAAGUAUAAUGCUAUAAAUGAGUAUAUAAAUUCUAAGUUUAAAGAACCUAAUGAGGAAAUGCAGAGAAUAUUAGACAAACACCACUUCUGA